AUGUCGACUCCCUACUGGGGCCACCUCCCAGGCCCCAGGGCGGGCCAAACCAGAGCUCGCCGCUUGUCCGAUGACCAGAUCCCUCCGCCAGAACGCCGUCAGUCAUUGGACCCUCCCAGCCAGGGACAAGCCAGGUCGAAUCGCGUCUCGGUGCAAACUACAAAAUCCGAUGCACCCACCGAUUCAACCAUGAGUCCCUUCGCGUCGCCAACUGCUUCGAGCUUCCAGGGCCAGGGACUAGCUCCUCGUCCCCCAUCGCUACCCUACGGCGCCAACCAGUACCCCCCUGAGUUGCUCGAGAACCGUCGCCGACGGAGGAGCCGCAACCAGGAGCAAAACGACGAGUAUGUCACCGUAGCUGGUCCAGCACCUCCCGCCGCCCCGGACGUGCCGCGAGCUCCCCCAUUGAGCUACAAGUAUCCGCCCGUCAGCGGCGGAGCAACGCAAUAUCCGAACCCUGUCUCGCCUCCGGGUAUUGGCCGACCGAGCAAGCAAAUGGAUUCGGAAGAAUACUACAAGGCGCCGACACCGGCCAGCCAAAAGGAAGAUCACCCCGUCUUAGAUCGGACUCGGAACACGCUCGACGAGUCAGCGAUGCCGCGGCCCCAGAGAGCCAACACGGAUCCCAUUCUCGGAAGAGACGGGUCGACGAGCAACGACCGUCAGCGCAGGACUUCGGCCGCUGAACAGUCAUUGCAGAGGAGUAGUAGGAGGUCUUCGACGCACCAUUCGACUGACCGGCCAAGAUUCGUCGCGCCGGACCGCUCACCGCUUCAGAAGCUUGAAGAGACCUUCGAUAAAGUAUCCAAGGAAGAAAAGCGGGCGCGCGUCGAGGCUGCAGAGAGGGCUGCUCAGGAGAAGGCUGCCCGGCAGAAGGCCGCGGCGAACGGGACAGUGCAACAAAAAGAGAAAAGUGCACUGGCACAGCAAGGGCGACACCGAGAGCGGCGCCCAUCGAUAGCAGCCGGGGACGCACCCGUCACUCCCGUAACAUCCACCAAGUCAACGCAGGCCCCCGCCAGUCAGCCGAGCCCUAUAUCUCAGCGCCCUCCUGAGGAGGUGCUGGACUAUAGCGCAGCUAGCGGGAGGUCUCCGAAAACCGCAGCCCCCGGGUCACGUAUCCCAGUUCCCUCGGGACAGCCAUCUGGCAUCCCGCAGCGCAACCUCAGCUUCCGCGAGCAUGCUGCAAUGAAUGAGGUGAAACUGCCUAAUAGUUUGAGUGAAGUUGCGACUAAAGGCACCGCCGCUGCCACCAUGGCCAACGGGCCUGCCCCGUCGACGAGUUCCAGCAACAACAAGUUGAAGAAGAAGCCACCAAACGACCCAUGGCCCAACAGGAUUUCGGAAUCGGAAGAGAUAUAUAAUUCGGGCGAAACAGCUGGUCGCAGCCCAAAGACGACACUCGGUACGUCUGUCGCGCCUGGUGUCCAUGGGCAUGGCAAUUCUCUUGAGCAUGUCCCAUUUGAGCGCCCCCCCAAAGAACGUGCGGUUAGCGACUAUUACAACUUGGGAGACGAGUCUCCGGACUUUUCCCCCGCGACCAAAAAAUUGGUCAAAUCUCCCAGCCAAAGAAAGGCUGAUCAAAUUUUUGGCCGGGCUCCGACUGAAACGACCGCAACUAACGGAGCCCCUGGACAACGUGCUGCCGUUUCUGGGACUGCCGGUGCCAGGAUGAGCAGUGGUCCUACAGUCAGAGCAGUUCCUCACGUCUCCCCGCAUAGAGACGAGAGAGGCGGCAGGGAAACCGACGAAGAUAGGCACCACGUGUCUGAUCUUAUAUACCAUGCCCGCGACAAAUUUCAGCCCGGCCAGGGCGUCUUCAAACCCACGCCGUAUCUCGAUGAAUGGAAGCAUGGGACCGUCGGGUCGCUCUCAGGCGCCUUGCUCGACCUUGACGAUGUGCCGCCCGCAGUCGAGAAAAACACGCCUUGGUGGGAAGCGCCGCAAUCUCGAAGGCGGUCCAGCAGCAUGUCAUCGCGGCCAAAGAAGGCAGAGGCAUUCGAGGGGGAGUAUGAUGACACAAAUGGUAUGAGCACCCCUAAUCCACAGGCCAUGUAUCCCAACAUAGGAGAGAUUCAGAGCGGUGACCUCCAUCGGCUGUCGGGAAGCGAUGUCGAUGGCGGUCUUCCGUUUGAGCCCCAGCAUCUCGCACCCCCAUCAAAAAGGGCCAAGGCUCGAGCUCGGCGAUGGGACGCCUUGCGUACUUUCAGUCCCAGCCUGUCACACGCGAGCGAUUCCCAAGACAGUUUGUCCCGCUUCAUGCUGUCUAGUAACGAUGCCCUGCAUCGACAACCGCUGCCGUACUCCUCUCCAACCAGAUUCAAGCCACCCCUUUACCUUAAGUGUGGUCCCCUGCUGAGGUUCUGCGGGAUUCGCCAUGAGAGGGUGCCUAGUCGAUCAGCUCGUAACGGCGCUGUUGUCGAUCGUGAAAUCUGGAGAGGCUCCAUAAUGAUCGUGACGACAGAUGCUGACUCGUCUUAUGACAUUGCCCCAACGUUGAGACUGUUUGUCCAGCCAAUUGAGCUACUCCCUCCCCCUCCACGGGAGAUACAAGGCGAUGAGCCCCUGGCCGCCGAGUACGUCGACCCAAUCGCAUGCCAUCCGAAACUCGGCCGAAAAGGCGAGACUCUGUAUGUCAGACCCGUGGACCACCUCGACGAGUCCAAAGACCUGUCCAGGGACGAAACGGAUGAUGGCCUGUUUGAGAAGUCGAAAAGCCCGCCAGAGGUCCCGCUGCCGGCGGGCGUGGUGGAUCCCCCUGGCUCCUUCGCCGCCCGGAGAAAGCGAGCCGAGAUUGACGGCGAGAAGGCGGGCAAGUACAGAGACGUACGCGGAUUCAGGCUCCAUGCUGAACGCGGUUACACCUUCUGGAGGUUCAAUAUCGAAGUAGAAUUGCGAGAGAAGCAGCAGCGGAUUGCCUAUCGGAUCAACAGAGGCCCAUCGACGGGCUUCUGGGUCCCAGCCAAAGGUCAGACCAUGAAUAUCAUGUUCUACAGCUGCAAUGGGUUCAGCAUGAGCGUCAACUCCGACCUAUUCAGUGGACCUGACCCGAUGUGGCGCGACGUGCUCAACACGCACCAGAGCCAGCCGUUUCACGUCAUGAUUGGGGGCGGCGACCAAAUCUACAAUGACCGAUGCAUGCAGGACACCAAGUUGUUCAGGGACUGGCUGAUGAUCAAGAACCCUCUCCACAAGCAUAACGCGCCCUUCACCCCCGAGAUGCAGGACGAGCUCGAGAACUUCUACCUCGAGCGCUACUCCAUGUGGUUCUCCCAGGGAUUGUUCAGCAUGGCCAACUCGCAAAUCCCCAUGGUCAACAUGUUUGACGACCACGACAUCAUUGACGGAUUCGGCUCAUAUCCGCAUCAUUUUAUGAACUCUCCCGUCUUCUCUGGACUCGGCAACGUUGCUUUCAAAUACUACAUGCUCUUCCAGCAUCAGAGUGUCGUUGAGGAGACAGAAAAGACGGAACCGAGUUGGACGCUCGGUGUCCGGCCUGGGCCGUACAUCAACGAGCUGAGCCGUAGCUUGUUCAUGUUCCUCGGCAAUAAGGUCGCUCUUCUCGCUGUUGACGCACGGACAGAACGGACGCGUGAGGAGGUUGUCCGGCAAGACACAUGGACCAAGAUCAUGGAUCGGUGUUAUGGUGAGAUUGACAAGGGCAAAGUCGAGCACUUACUUGUUUUACUCGGAGUGCCAGUUGCGUAUCCCAGACUCGUAUGGCUCGAGAACAUCCUGACAUCCCGGGUCAUGGAUCCUAUCAAGGCACUCGGCAAGUUGGGCAUGUUUAGCGGCCUGCUGAACCGCUUUGAUGGAGGCGUGGAGGUCCUUGAUGACUUGGACGACCAUUGGACUGCCAGGAACCACAAGCACGAGCGCAGCACUCUAGUGGAAGAUCUGCAGGACCUGGCAGCGGACAAGUCGAUCAGAGUUACCAUCCUCAGUGGCGACGUUCACCUGGCAGCAAUCGGGCAGUUCUAUUCGAAUCCCAAGCUCGGCAUCGCCAAGCACAAGGACUUCAGAUAUAUCCCCAAUGUCAUCUCGUCAGCCAUUGUCAACGCUCCGCCGCCCGACCUGAUGGCCGACAUUUUGAACAAGCGCAACAAAGUGCACCACUUUGACAAGGAGACAGAUGAGGCCAUGAUUCCCAUCUUUGGGCAUGGCGUUGACGGCAAACCACGCAACAACAAAAACCUGCUUCCCCACCGCAACUGGUGCGCCAUCCGCGAGUAUGUCCCAGGUAACACGCCGCCCCCGACGCCAGACGAUUCCGCAUACGACGUUGCGGCCCUCGGCUCUCCCCAAGGCUACGCAAGCGCGGGCGGCGGUCUGGGACGGAGUCUUAGCGGCGGCCUCUUCCGCCGGCUCUCCAGGUCCGGGGGCAAAGAUCGCACCCAUCCGCCCGUCUCUGGGGGCCUCCUACGAUCACUGUCGCGCCGCGACGGCGUGGCCAGUGCCGAUGAGGUAGGCAAGCCCCUUCCUCCAAAACCAGGCCUCUUGACGCGAACCAUGUCGGGGUCGUCUGUGUCGGGCCGGUUCGGCGGCUUGUUCCGCCGGCGGAAUAGCAGUGCGAAGCGAAAUGAUGACGGGGGCAUCAACGGGCAGUGGGGCCCGGAUACGGAAGAAGAGGAGGAGGUGGAAGAGACGCCGUACGCCGGCCGAGGCCACGGUCGUGGUGUUGGCUUGCGCGGCGGUAUGGCAGCGGGAACAGGAACCGACUAUUUCGAUCACGCUCACGAACAUGACUAUGGUCACAACGGCGGCAAUCAUGAAUAUGGUCGUGACGACGAGAGGUUCUUUUCCGCCGUCAAACGCUCGCAAACCACCCCUGCAAACCCAGGAGGAAAGAACUCGGCCGUCAUGUCCGGCGGCAUUGCCGCCGCGGUACCGCCCUUGCCGGGCCUUCCCCCGGGUGGCCAAGGUUCGGAACAGGACCCCUCUGUCGGGCCCCCGCUGAAAUCCUUCUCCUUCCACCGCGUCCCGACCGGUGGCCUGUCAGCUAAGCAGAGGAAGCGCGGCGGCGCCGAGGCGUACGCGGUCGACCUGCGCGGCGCGUUGGAGGUCACGCUCAACGUGGAGAUCAGCGCGCGCGACCCCGGCGGGAGCACCGUGCCCUACCGCCUGGUUGUGCCCCGGCUGUGGUACGAGUAUGAAGGGGAAGAGGCCCAACAGGCUGCUGUCGCUGCUACUGGUGUGGUUGGAACAGACAGAGAUGCGGACGGGGAUGUGGACAUGAUGGACAUGGACAUGGACAUGGACAUGGAUGACAUGCCGCAUGAUGCUGGGGUUGAAGUCGGGGAAAAGAUUGCGGCUUUUGGUGGUCGUGGUGGGGGGGAUGUACAUGUACACGAGAUGGGAUCAGGUGGGAAGGUUUCGGGAAUCAAGAGGUUGAUUAGCCUGAGGAGAGGGGCCAAGGUUGGUUGA